UUGAGCUGGAAGGAGAUAUGUCUGCCAUUUGGAGAAGGAACCUAAUCAAGGUUAGAGGACAAUUGAUUCGAUUCCAACGCUGGAAACCAGAUUUUGAUGUGCAUGCAGUGAACAACCCAACCAAACUGGUGUGGAUCAGAUUUCCAGGCCUUCCCCUGGAAUAUUGGCAUGAGAAGAUCUUGUUGACAAUGGCUAAAGGGGCAGGUAGACCUGUGGCCCUGGACAGACGCACCAGAUCGGCGGCAAUGGGGAAUUUUGCGCGUGUUCAGGUAGAAGUGAUAAUUGGGGAGAAAAGGGUGGAAGAGAUUCAGGUGGAAAGAAAGCAACCAGGAACGGGGGAGAUUUUUUGGUUUAAACAGUUAAUCGUAUAUGAAGAUGGGUUAGCUAAAUGUGGUUUUUGCAAAAAAAUCGGGCAUACUUUGUUCCAAUGCAAAGAGAAGAAGGAGGUGGAUGCUCGAGACACUGGGGCGGCAACCAUGGUGAAUGAAGGUGGUGCAGGGCGGAGAUCCAGCUCAGAGGGCGGUGGUUUGGGUGAAGGAAUUGUUUCCAAUUUGGGUAAAAAUCUUACCCAUAUGAGACAGCCUCCUACCAUAUUAAGAACUCAGAUUAGGGACAAUAGUCCAACAUCUAAGGAAGGUGUGCAGGGGCAGGGAGAUAUUGAAAUAAUUAUUCCCUUAGAGAAGUCUACCAAUACGGGAACAAAUCACAAUCGUAUGGGUGCAGCUAACAGUAUGGAGGGUAAUGGAUUGGUGUCUACAUUCAAUGAGGAAUCUGGGUCGGUGGAUGGAGCGGAUAUGGAUCAUAUAUCUGAACCAGGAGAUGAGGCAGAGAUUGAUCAUCGUAGGUGCAACUCUCCCAUUUUAGAGGAGGAUGAGGCUAUCUGUGGCAGGGAGGAUCAUAUUGGUCCAGGUCAGCAUGGUGAGAUCGAAGAGGGUAGGGAUGUGAGGUUCGAGCCUCAAAUUGAUAAUCCAAAAACUCAGUUGCAGUACAAGGACGGGGCUAUGAUUGUGUAUCAUGAAGACGUGGUAGAAGUUGAUAGAAUGGCGAGCAUCCUCGAGAGCAAUAUGGAGGGAAGAAGACAGCAAAAAGAGGAAUGAAGAAGAAGGCUGCUAGGUUGGCCUUAGGGAAUAUUGUUUCGACGAGUUCCCCAGAAAUUAUUUGCAUAGCUGAACCUAUGUUGGAGGUGCAGAAAUUUCCAAAGAGGUUUUUCAAUAAUCUUGAUUUUGAAGCGGAUUUUAUUCAUAAUGAUAGGCAGGAUAAGGUUCCAAAUCUGUGGGUGGUUUGGAAAAGGAGUUUAUCUAAGCCGCAAGGUGUCUCUUGCUCUGAUCAACAUAUUACUUUACGUGUGCAGUGGCAGUCGAAUAUCUUCACUGUGUCUUUUAUUCAUGCUAAUUGCUUCAGAGCAGCAAGGAGAGACUUGUGGAGUAAUUUGGCGGCAUCGAACCCGGGUCAAGGCAUUCCCUGGCUGGUGACUGGAGACUUUAAUGCUACUCUGUAUGCUCAUGAAAAAAGAGGUCCAGGAUCUUUUAAUAUAGGAUCUGCUGCAGAUUUUGGGGCAUUGGUGGAUAGCUGCUCCCUUAUUCAGAUUCCUUCACAGGGUCGAAAGUAUACUUGGACUAAUAAUAGAAGAAGAGGUAAUGUUGUGGCAGUUCUGGAUAGAAGUUUCUGCACAGAUGCUUGGAUUUCAGAGUUUCAGGAUUGCCACCAAAAGGUGCUAUCUAAUUGUGCAUCAGACCAUUCUCCCCUAUUGGUGGUGUCAGAAGCAUUGGCGAAGCCCUCUAAUUGCCCUUUCAGGUUUCAGAGGUCUUGGAUUGAUCACGAAAAUUUCCUAAAAAUUGUGAAAGAAUCCUGGGAUGAAUGGAUGUCUGGAUCGGCUCUCUAUAUUUUUAGUCAGAAAAUUAAAAGAUUGAAAAUUGUGAUUAAGGAGUGGGCUAGGGAAACAUUUCCCAAUGUGAAUUUGGAAAAGGAAGAGGCGCUAAAGGGGUUGGAAGAGAUUCAAAAGGAGAUAGAGGAGAUUGGUAUGAACGAUCAAAAUUUUGCUCGUGAAGCUGAUGCAAAAACUAGGUACUUGAAGGCAAUGGAGGGAUAUGAAAAAUUUUGGGCUGAAAAAGCUCGGAUUAGAUGGAGAACUCAGGGAGAUAGAAGCUCGAAAUUCUUUCAUAUGGCUGUGAAGGUGAGAAGAAUGAAAAAUACCAUUAGAUACCUGAAAACUGAUUCAGGUCAGAUCAUCAAUGAGAAGAUGCAGUUGGAGGAUUUUAUUAAGAGCUAUUAUGAAAAUUUUUUAAAAAAAUCGGCUACUGUUGACCACAUGGAAAUGAUGGACUGCAUUCCGAAGAUUUUGACGGACAUUGAUAGAUGGAGGAUGGACGCGAUGCCAUCUAAUGAUGAGAUUAAAAAAGCGGUUUGGGACCUUGAUCCGGAAAGCUCUCCAGGCCCAGACGGUUUUCCUGGUAUGUUCUAUAAAUCUUGCUGGGUUAUAAUUUCUAAUGAUGUUUGUAAUGCUAUUAGGGGCUUCUUCAGUAAAGGUCGAAUGCCUUAUGGUCUUAAUAGCAAUUUUUUGGUGUUAAUCCCGAAGAUCGAAGGGGCAAAUGCUUUAGAUAAGUUUAGGCCUUUAUGCAUGGGCAAUUUUUUUUGUAAAAUUGUUUCUAAAAUAAUGGCUUUAAGACUUUCUGAGGUGAUGCCUCGGCUCA